AUGGAACAUUCCAAGUCAGACUUUCUCGGUACUUGGUACUCGCCAAAUACUCAUUCGCGAUCGACCACACAUUCCAAUUUUGCCUUUCCCACUGCUCAACAAGCUUUCCAAGAAGGACUCGAUCGGUUCGCUUCUGAAUUCACCAAUGACCGCAAUAAAGCAGACCUUUCGAAAAGCUUCUCGAGUAUACAAGAUAUUCACGACCUAGCGCAGCGGUCAUUCACGAAAUAUUUAGAUGAAAAACGCUUUCCUAAAGCAAAGAAAUGGAUCCGGCGAUUCACGGCAAAGAUCAGUCAUUAUGGAAAUAUCAUGGAUGUCCUGGUCCAGCAACAUCCUGAAUACGUCUCGCUUGUCUGGGGAGCCAUGAAGUUUCUCUUAGUAGCUGCUCAAAAUCACGAAGCAACAAUAUGUCUCAUAUCGAAAACCUUGUCACAAAUCGCCGACUCUUUACCUCGUGUUGAGCUCGUCACUGUUCUUUAUCCAACAUAUCGGAUACGUCAGGCGGUCAGUGAUCUAUAUGCCAAUCUCGUGAGAUUCCUUAUCCGAGCUCAUGAGUGGUGCCAAGAGGGCACAAUGGGACAUCUCUGGCACAGUAUCACCCGACCACCUGAACUCAGAUACAAAGACCUUCUCGAGGACAUUGCGACCGCCUCACGAGAGAUUGACCAAUUGGCAGUUGCUAGUAGUCGAGUCGAAAUCAGAGAUAUGAACUUGAAGCUGGAUUCGAUUGUUUCCAAGCUCAAUUCCUUCGAGCCUCCACAGUCGAGCGCUAUCUUGGAUGCGAAUCACACCAUUCUGGCCAAGCUUGACUCAUUCCAGGCUUUACACUCGAGCGCAUUACUGGAUACGAAUCAGCGGCUCACGGAUCUCCAAUUCUCACAGAUCAUGUCUCACAUCGCUGAUGGAAAACUUGGCGACCCUUUGGAAGCAUUCCGAUAUAACGUCUCGGUCCAGAUACGGCACGAUCGGGUUAGGGUGUAUGAAACAACAAAUGAGUUCUGGCAAUCUCCAAAGUUACAAGCUUGGUCCACAGCACCAGAAUCACGAAUAGCCAUCGUGAAAGGUGGUUUACGCGCGCGACAUGCUUCAAGGAAGUUCUCUGUCAACAUCAUUGAGCAACUGCAGUCGAAAAAUAUUCCAGUAGUUUGGGCUCUUCGAGGUCCACAAAAUGACUCCAAAGAAGCGAAGGCUUCAAGCACUGAUUUAUUCAAGACUCUCAUCUUACAAGCAUUCAAGCUAUCGCAGGACUGUACGACUGAGAAUACCAUGUCUCUCCAAUGCGCACAGUUCCACAGAGCAAACACUGAAAACGACUGGCUCAAACUUUUGGGCUCUGCGCUGCUUCGAGCGCGAACUCAGAUCUACUUGGUCAUCGAUCUGGCAGUGAUAGACCACAAUCUAUUACCAGCUGAAGGGUUCUCGUGGUUCACUGCAUUUCAGAUAUUGUUUGCGGAGAUGGUAAAGAGGUCACCUCAGCUGCGCGUUAAGGUGCUUCUUAUUGGCAACAGCGUCAGUUUCGGACCGUCGGAAGCCGAAAUGGUACCAUCCGAAGUUGUGGUACCUAUAAGAGUGACACAGAUGCCCGUUCGGAGGCGGGGAAAGAUGGGGCCGCGAGUGGAAGCUUAUGGGAGAAGAGGUUACCCCAAGUUCUAG